ACGGCGGCCCGCAGCGCCGGACGCUGGUUGCGCGCUCCCAGGCGCCGAGCGGCCCCGGGCACGCGCGCGCGCCACCGGCCCGGCAGGUGGGUCCCGGCGCCCACGCCGCCUCUCCCGCCCGCGGGACCCUGGGCCGUGGGCUCCGCAGCCCGCCCUGUGCCUCCGGGAGGGGCGUUCCGGGCGCGGGGGAACGGCCGAGGGCUGGAGACCCUAAAGGCGCCUCCUACGGCCAGAGGGGAGCCUCCGGCGGGAGCCACCUCUCCGGGGCGCAUCAUCCUGGCCCCCAGUGCUGUCCUUAUUCCCAGCCCAGUCAAGAGCUACCGGGGCUGGCUAGUCAUGGGGGAGCCCAGUAGAGAGGAGUAUAAAAUCCAGUCCUUUGAUGCAGAGACCCAGCAGCUGCUGAAGACAGCACUCAAAGAUCCGGGUGCUGUGGACUUGGAGAAAGUGGCCAAUGUGAUUGUGGACCAUUCUCUGCAGGACUGUGUGUUCAGCAAGGAAGCAGGACGCAUGUGCUACGCCAUCAUUCAGGCAGAGAGUAAACAAGCAGGCCAGAGUGUCUUCCGGCGUGGACUCCUCAACCGGCUGCAGCAGGAAUACCAGGCUCGGGAGCAGCUGCGAGCACGCUCCCUGCAGGGCUGGGUCUGCUAUGUCACCUUUAUCUGCAACAUCUUUGACUACCUGAGGGUGAACAACAUGCCCAUGAUGGCCCUGGUGAACCCUGUCUAUGACUGCCUCUUCCGGCUGGCCCAGCCAGACAGUUUGAGCAAGGAGGAGGAGGUGGGUGGCCCCAGCCCUGGCACAAGCACAGAAGGCUGCAGGAUGGACAGUCCAGCUCAGCCGUGUGUCAGCCCACUGCUCACGGAGGUGGACUGUUUGGUGCUGCAGCUGCACCGGGUUGGGGAGCAGCUGGAGAAAAUGAAUGGGCAGCGCAUGGAUGAGCUCUUUGUGCUGAUCCGGGAUGGCUUCCUGCUCCCAACUGGCCUCAGCUCCCUGGCCCAGCUGCUGCUGCUGGAGAUCAUUGAGUUCCGGGCGGCCGGCUGGAAGACGACGCCAGCUGCCCACAAGUAUUACUACAGCGAAGUCUCCGACUAGGCCUCCAGAUCAGGGCUUCCUCACCAGCACUGGCCUUUCUUCUACCCACCUCUAAAGCUGGCAGUGGAGUCUCUACCUCACCCAAAGACUUUUCCCUUCCAGACUUUGAGUGUCUUCGCUUCUAGACUUUCCCAUCUCCUGGUGAGAUGUUUCCCACUUAUGCCGUGGUCCUGCCCUGAGCCCCUUUCCCCACCACAACCCACCAGGGCCAGGCAGAGAAGGGCAACUCCCAAGAGCCACUGCACUGUGUAACCGUUAGUGCAACUACUACCUUGGUGCCUCAGUUUACCCAUCUGUAAAAUGGGUAAGCAUAGCCACUGGUGGGAUACUCUGGGAUGUCAAGGGGUGGAGGCAGAGCACAAGUCACACCAGAAACUGCUUUUUAUACAUUUUGUACAAGGACAACUCUGGAAACAAGCCCAUUUCCUCCAGCCAGUUUCACUGAAUGCUGCACCACAUGCUACACCAGUUCAGUGUGAGAAUUUUCUAAUAAAUCUUUUCUAAUGCUAAAA